AGAUUUCAGAAAGCAGGCAGAUGUGCAAGUUUCACAAAAAUGUGGUGGAGACAAAAGGCAUAUUUCUUCAGGAAGAAUAUAAAAUACUGAAGUAAAAUAGGUUGGGAUAAAUCCCAAAACCAUGAGGUGGCUCAAUAUCCAGGUUUUCCUUCUUCAAGCACUUGCUCAAGUGGAUUUUGGCGAAGCCAAUUGCUCUUUUCCAAGAGUAAUCCUAGGCCUUUAUGACACCCAAGAACCCAAUAGUGUUCAAACUGGCACUUUGGAAUACACUGAAUUCUCAGUGAACUCAAACUCAAUGUCAAAUUUUGGCUCAUGUGUGGAAAAACUGGGGUCCAACUUCAUCCUACUCCAGCAACCGGGAAAUUGCUUCAGAUGUGUGAGAAUAGAAUUCAGGACCAAGAACAUUGUGCAGCUCUACACCAAAAUAUCCCAGGACUCGAGUUUCAAUGUCCCAUGUUUCCAGGACAAGGAAUCUGCCAAGAAUGCCUGUCCAUCUUCAUCUGACUCUCCUCAGACUUUUGAGGAAAUUACUCUCUACAGGAAAACAGGCUUCACCAAUGAGGGCCAGGAGUCAGCAGUGGAGAAAACCUUUUGUCCCAUUGCUGGCCAGUUUGAGUUUGUGUACAGGAACACAAGGUUGCCAACCACUGGGAUACUUCCAAGAGUAGAAGCCUGUGACAGACCCACAUCCCUGGCCUCCAACUGUCCAUUUGGCUUUGGACUCACUUUUGACUACCAAGGAUGUUCUUUCCCAGACAAAAGAGAAAGUUUUCAAUGUCUUGGAGAAUGGAGUGGAUCCAAUGGAGGCACUUACUUUGCCUUGGAAGACAUGCAAAAUGGAUCCCCAAAAUACAGAUGUGGUAUGCUGAGAGAAGAACAAGGACUUAUCUUCAUGAGCAUGGCAACAGAUUCCAGUUGCAGACAUGGCCUCAGAAGUGCAGAUGAUGGAGGGGAAACCUGGAUGUUGAAGCAAGUCAAUGUGCCUCCAAGUUCAACAUCCUGCACUUUCCCUACAUGGUCCCAGGGAGUCUGGAAAGACCUAGAGGUGACACCUGGCAAAAUCACCUACAAACAGACUGGCCAAUUCCAGACCCUCUCCAUGUCAUGUAUGCAGGAGUACAACCUUGUUCCAGGGAUGUUCUUUGUUCAAGCUUACAGCUCUUGUGGGGAAGAAAUGUUCAGUUGCAUGUGGUUCAAGCAGAGACACAAGAACAUCCUUGACAUACAAAUGAGUCCCCCAACAAAGACAAUGAACUGGACAGCAUGUGCAGCUCAUGACCAACAAACUUUCAAUGCUUGGUCAUCUCAUCCAAAAUUGAAUCCUGAGGAGGCAACAUGUGCCUUCUCUGCUGGGGAGUGGGUUGGAGCAGACCCAAACAAACCUGGGCAGUGUGUUGAAGUGAUCACAGAUUGCAGGACCUCUCACUCUUUCAUGUACACGGUCAUACAGUGUCCUGAUGGGCCAGAUAAAUUGCUGAAGGGCAAAGACCAAAAGCCAGUUCACAGGCAUUCAGCUGAGUCUGAGAUUCCCAUCAGGACUCCUCCAGCAACAAGGGAUGAGAGACCAUCAAUAACAGGUGGUACUGACUGGUCAAAUUUAUUUGCCACCAGGAAAAACCCUGCAGGACAAAGACCUCAACAACAGCCUCCAUCAGGAAUGCAAUCCAGGGCACAAGUGAAGGAGGUGCCAUCAGGUCAAGUGCCAAGAAGGAGAAGACCUCAGAAACCACAAACAGAACAACCAGCAGCACCAGGUUCAAUGAGACAGGCCCCAAGGCCAAUUUGGAGGUCAAGGAGAGAAACCAACUCCGCUUCAGACACUAAUUCAACCAUAGAUACCAACUUGACUGACUCUGACAACCUGACAGACAACUCCACCAUUUCAGUUGAAUGGUUGAGCACAGAUGAGAAGACUGGAAACUCUAGUGAUGAGUUGCCAUCUGCCAAGUUCAGCCAAUAUGUGCAACUCAGGGGCUAUGACAGGAAUCCCUCCAGAAGUUUUGGACAACCUUAUGACCCCCUGCAGUUUCACAGAGAUGAUUACUCCUCCAGGAGAGUUACAACACCUGCCCCUUACAACCCAAGAGCCCCAUGGCACAGGGCCCCAAGUGCAGAGCAAAGUGAUGUUGAAGACAGACACCCAGCACUCAGCAGACCAGGCAGAUGGCAAGACACUCCCAAAAAGGAACCAGAGUCCCCAAAGUUUGCCCAAGAUGAUGACAUACCAUUCCUGGAGCCUGGGUGGAGUGAAAGGAAGAAGACCACAAGUGCACCCAACAGGGUAGAGACUCAUGCCAAGGGACCAAACUACUUUGAGUAUGACCUGAGACAGCAGCCUGAUGGUGGACAUGGUGGAGACCAUGGAGACAGACCCUGGCAACACCCUGUGAUUCAACCAAGGUUGCCUCCUCCUGCACACCCUGACCAUUUGCCAACUGAGUACAAGUUCACUAUGGUUGGUGGGCCUCAGCAGCAAAACCAGCAGCCACCCUCUUUCCAUGACCAGCAGUGGGCACCCCCACAACCACCACCACAACCACCAACAACCCCCUCUCCUCCUCCAGUGCUUCACAGGGAGUAUCCUCCUUUACAGCCAGAAAAGAAAAUCAGCCCCAGGCAAUUUUUCAUUGGAGAAGAGGAAAGAUACAAAUGUUCUGGACAUUGGGAGGAACAAGGAGUUACAAUGGCUUAUGCAAGAGAAAUGGAGUCCUCAAACUUUGAGUGCUUGGUGGUGAAAACCUUGUCAGAGGAUCACAUACUCCUCCAGUUUUCUGGGGAAACUUGUCAAAGAAAUGCUGCUCAACUUGAUUCAAGCUUUAGUAGUAUCAGUUUGAGGAGAAAGGGUACCAGUUGCCCAGAGAAUAGACCAACAGUGGCACCUAGUGUGCCAGUGAGACCACCUAGUGUGCCAGUGAGACAACCUAUUGUGCCACCAGCAAGACCCCCAGCAUCAGCAGCUGUGCCACCCACAGGGUUGCCCAAGUUGACUCCCCCAAGAAGGCAGCCCCAGCAGCCUCAGCCACCAUUGACUGAACUUGCAUCUUCUGAUGAAAAGUAG